AUGGCUUUGCCUUCAUCAAGCAUGAGAGCUGCAUCCUCCACGGUUUACCCUGUCUACCUUAGUCUCCACCACCAACCCAACCGCCACCAUACUUCUUUUCGUCCCUCCAGAGCAAACCAUGACAAUACCCACAAAUGCACCCAGUCACCCAAAAUUCUUAGACGGUCUCUCUUCUCCCUACCUGCUUCAUUUCUUCUCCUCCACACAUCCUCCUCCCUUGCUGUAGAUGACACAAACACACCAUCCACCUCAACAAUCGACACCACGAUCACAGAUCGCAUUUUCAUGGACUUCAGUGUCUGUCCAAGCUACUUUCGCUCAGACAGACCUCUGGGAGCCGAGCUUUCCUCAUGCCCUGAUUCUGAGCCUCUUGGUCGUGUUGUCUUUGGUCUCUAUGGUCGGCUUCUCCCCGUUACUGCUGCCAAUUUCAAAGCUACGUGUACUGCAGCUGCAUAUAGGGGCACUCUUGUCCACAAGCUCCUUCAAGGACAGUUUUUUGCUGCUGGCCGACAAGGUUCUCGGCGUGACAAGGGUGAGGUCGAGCCUCCCUCGGGCCUUGUUAGGAAUUCUGAGACUGUUAACCCUAAAGCAUUCGAAUUAAGGCAUGCAAGGCCCGGCACACUUUCCUUAUGCCUUGGACAGAAUGAUGAUGAUGAUGACAUCAAGCUCAACCCUAAUUAUCACAAUGUUGAAUUCUUGGUUACUACAGGGCCAGGACCCUGUCCCGAGCUUGAUGGCCAGAACAUUGUCUUUGGGACUGUAUUGGAAGGAAUGGAUGUUAUCACCAGCAUCGCAACCAUACCUACCUAUAAACCAGCUGAAAGGAUCCGCCUCUUCAACGACUUUGCACAGCUGAUUGGCGAUGAAAGGGCUCAAACUGCUCGGGCUAUGUGGGACCGCCCACUUAAGACUGUAUAUAUCAGUGACUGCGGGGAACUGAAAGUGACCAAACAAUCUCUUUCCCCUCCAAGCUUGCCAUGA